AUGGGCAGAGAAGUCACUGCUGUAAGAGAGGAGCUGCACCUGAGAGAGCAAACUAUUCUCAGCAUCAAGGAGCAGCUCCACAGUCUGAGAGUCUGCCAACACCAACCACAACCCUCAAUCACCAUCAACAGCCCCCCUCAACCUGAACCACAGCCAUCCACCUCCACCCUAACAGCAGACCAUCACAACAACCUGCAGUAUCAGGGCAGUCAUACAGUGAAGUUUGCUGACGAUGAGUCUGCGUAUAGGCAGGAGGUGGACGAUGUGGUGGACUGGUGCAGAGGAAAUAACCUUUGUAUCAGUGUGGAUAAGACCAAAGAGAUUGUUGUGGAUUUUAGGAGGGGGAGGCAUACCCCAUCACCUCUCAUCAUCGUAGGAGCUGAGGUGGAGAUGGUAUCGUUACUCAAAUACCUGGGGAUUCACAUCUCUAGCGACCUGAAGUGUGUGGUGGAGAGCACACUGACAUUCUCCAUCACUGUCUGGUAUGGGAACAGCUCUGCAGCGGAUAAGGCGGCCCUGCAGAGAGUAGUUAAAGCCAGCAGAUGCAGGAGCUGGGCCUCCAACAUCAUGAGAGAUCCCUCUCACCCAGCACACAACCUGUUUAACCCCCUCCCCUCCGGCAAGAGGCUGCGCAGCCUUAAUGCUAGGUCCACAAGGCUAAAGCACAGCUUCUACCCAGAAGCGGUGAUGAAUGUGAAUCUAUCUGAGGGAGACAAGGUGGUGUUUGAAGAUGUGGGCCACAUGGAGAACACCAUGCUGGCCAAUGAGUCCAUCCUGAUGAGGGGACUGGUUGUACGCAGCCACAGCAAUCAGAUCUCCAUCCGCUUCCACAGCCGGAGAUCUCAGGGUGGAUCAGUCCUGCUCAGAUACCAAGCCUUUGUGUUGAGCUGUGUCUUCCCCCUGCGGCCUCUCUACGGCGAUGUAUCAGUGAGCAGUCUCCACUCCGGAGGCGAGGCUUUCUUCUCCUGUCUGAGCGGCUACAUGCUGCAGGGCUCCAGUCUGCUGACCUGCCGCAAUGCUAGCACCCCCUACUGGAGUGGCAAGGAACCACACUGCCUAGCUGCGUGUGGUGGUUUGAUGAGGAACGUCACAGUCGGUCGGAUCGUCUCUCCUGGGUUUCCCAGCAACUACAGCAACAACCUGACCUGCCACUGGCUACUGGAGGCCCCUCAGGGCCACAGACUACAUAUACACUUUGAGAAGGUGGCACUGGCUGAGGAUGAUGAUCGGCUGCUGAUCAAAAAUGGUAACAGCAUAGAUGCAGCUGCCCUGUAUGAUUCAUAUGAGGUGGAAUAUCUUCCCAAUGAAGGUCUACUCAGCACGUCCAGGCACCUCUUCAUUGAGCUGACUUCAGAUGCUACUGGCACAUCCACUGGAAUUGCCAUCAGGUACCAAGGCUUUGCAGCAGGCCACUGCUACGAACCCUUCGUGAAGUAUGGUAACCUGACCAGUAGCGACAACACUUGGGCAGUGGGUGCUGUAGUGGAGUUUGCCUGUGACCCCGGCUAUACUCUGGAACAGGGAUCUGUCACCAUUGAAUGCAUGGACCCCAACUAUCCCCAGUGGAACGAGACAGAGCCUGCCUGCAGAGCUGUGUGUAGUGGCGAGAUCACAGACUCCGCUGGAGUGGUGCUGUCUCCUAACUGGCCUGAAGCCUACGAUAAAGGCCAGGAUUGUAUUUGGGGAAUCCAUGUUGAGGAGGACAAGAGGAUCAUGGUGGACAUUCAAGUGUUGAACAUUGGGAAGAAUGACAUUUUGACCUUUUAUGAUGGAGAUGACCUCACCGCUAAAGUACUGGGUCAGUAUGGAGGAUCAAAGUCCCGAUUUAAGCUCUACACCUCCACCGCAGACGUCACCAUCCAGUUCCAGUCAGACCCUGCCACGAAUGUCUACGGCUAUGGCAACGGCUUCAUAGUCCACUUCUUCGAAGUAGCUCGUAAUGACAGCUGCCCUGAGCUUCCAGAGAUCUCUAAUGGCUGGAAGAGUACAUCUCACCCUGAGCUCGUUCAAGGCACUGUGGUGACCUACCAGUGUUACCCUGGUUAUCAGGUGGUGGGCGCCGAGCUGCUCAUGUGCCAAUGGGACCUGACCUGGAGCGGUGACCUACCAAGCUGUGAGAGAGUGGUGUCUUGCCCUGACCCUGGAAAGGUGGAUCACAGCAGACGGGUGCUGUCAGGUCCCCAUUUCACCGUGGCUUCAACCAUCCAGUACAUCUGCAACAAGGGCUUCAUUCUGUCUGGAAACAGCCUGCUCACCUGCUUCAAUCGAGGGUCCUCCGGCCCCAAGUGGAACCAGAAGCUGCCUAAAUGCCUGCCGGAGACUUUUGAGCCCUGCAGUCACCCAGGAACACCUACCUAUGGGAUCCCCAGCUCCAACAAACUCCACUUCCAGGCUGGAGAGAACCUCUACUACUCCUGUCUGAUUGGCCAUCAACUGCUGGGUGAGCCUGUUCUCCACUGUGUCCCUGGACACCCAUCCCACUGGAGUGGGCUGCCACCUGUCUGCAAAGCCCACCCAGCGGCGUCAGAUCAGCACAGAUUAGAUGUGUCUACUGCAUACUUAAGAAUGGAGGGGGCCCAAGUAGCAUUUGCUGUCUUCAUCCCCAUCAUCCUCCUCCUUGUCCUCGUUAUGGGGAUCUACCUCUACUUCUCAAAGGUUCAGAGGAAGCCACCACAUCUCUCCCUGUCGUCCAACCUACCAUAUGAAAACAUCACUGGAGAAUGUACGUUUGACAACUCUUAUGAGACAACGGAAACAAGAGAAUACGAGGUUUCGAUCUGAAGACGCCAGUGUAUGUGUUUCAGUAUGGACAGAUAAGGAGCUUGCUGGCCUUUCCAACGUCUGUCAGACUCACACCUUUGGUGACUCCCUUCACCCUGUUCUCUGUACACUGAAUAUGAGCCUCCCUUUAUUUACCCAACAGAGGACACCACACUACCCCUGGAAAGGCUGGGCCACCGGAUUAUUUUUCUAGCUCUUCAACAGCAACCGUCAACAGCAGCAGUUUGUACAGUUUUUAAUCCUGUGCUUGCAUCCUGCGGACUUCCAGUGCAAAGUACCAUCUCAGAAAGCAGGGAAUCAAUGUGAAGCUUGUGCCAUUAAAUGCAUAUAACCACAGAUGUUACAUUGUGUUAUGUACAUUAUACGCUGUAUGUCUCCUGCCACCAUUUAAAGUCCUUUCCUUGGAUUUAUGGGAUGUCUAUUAAGAGUAAAAUCUUUUAACUUGAAACAACAGCAUUUGCUUUUAUCAGAGUAUGCCCAAAUAUGUUGCUCUUUGAAUUGAUGCAACCUUCUGAGAUAAAAAAUCUGAAUGUGCCUUAAAUAAAAAGG